AUGUCGGAUCUUCUCAAUCGUUGGAAUCGAGCAGUCACUGAGCUCGUUGGCGUGUAUGCGCGUGUCUCGAUUGUCUCUGGCUCGCCAAAGCGUAUCACCGUCUCGCUGCAAUGCGAGAGAGCUGGAUGUAACAUUCUAAAGACAGAGAGAUUGGUGUACAAUUGGAUUGCCGAACAACUGGAAUCGCAUACCAUUGAGAAACUAGGACAAGUCGUUCUCGCCAAUAAAUUUGCACCACCCAUUAUGUUGGCGACCUCGACCGGUGCCAACCUUCCACUCAACGACUACACUCGUGUCCCAAUCAAGGGUGACGGUCAAAUCGUUGGUAUCGCCGAUACCGGUCUCGACAUGUCACAUUGUUUCUUCAACGAUCCAAACACACCAACUCCCUACAACACCAUCAACAAGAAUCAUAGAAAAGUCAUUGCAUACUACUACAAUUCAUCGGAAGGUGAUCAAUUCGAUGUUGUUCAAGGACAUGGUACUCAUGUUGCCGGUUCUGUAGCAGGUAUGACAAUUGAUGCUAGUCAACCGGUUGCACAAUUCCGUGGAACUGCCUAUAAUGCCAAGAUUGCAUUUGUCGAUAUCUCAAUUAAUGGAACUAAUCCAGAACCAGGUGAUUUGAUUUCGAUGUAUCAGAAGGUGUAUGAUACUGGUGCAAGAGUUCAUAGUGAUUCAUGGGGAUCGCAUUCAUCUACUGGUUGGGAUGCACUCUAUGGUUUGCCUUCGAGAGAGAUCGAUGAGUUUGUUUGGAGUCAUCCCGAUAUGCUCAUUGUCAGAGCAGCUGGUAAUGACGGUCAAUCUGCAUAUCUAUCACUGCUCACUCAAGCUGUAGCAAAGAACUGUCUCACCGUCGGUGCACAACAGAGUUCAACCGAUAGUUUCAAAGUGACUCCAGAUUACAUUCCAAACGAUGCCACCAUCCAGAGUAUCAUUAGCUCAACAUGUCUUAUCGAUCCGACUACCUGUAAUUUCACAUCUGCCGAUUGCUGUGCAAAGCAAGCAACCAACAAAUUCUAUGCAGUCUGUUGUUCGCCAUCAAUGACACAAGCCACCAGAAAUACAACUAGCAAUACAGCGCUAUACAAUCAAAACAACAUUGCUUCAUUCUCUUCGAAAGGUCCAACACACGACUCUCGUGUCAAACCAGAUAUUGUUGCACCCGGACAAUUUAUCAUCUCCUCAAUGUCGAACGGACAAAACAAUACCAACCAAUGCGGUGCCACUGGAGCGCUAUCGACUGAUUCACUUCUCGCUCUCGAGGGAACAUCAAUGGCAACACCACACGUAGCAGGAGCAGCAACAUUGCUGCGUCAAUAUUUGGUGGAGGGAUACUUCCCCUAUGGUACACCGAAUACAUCCAACUCGAUCAACCCAAGUGCCUCACUCUUGAAAGCAAUCCUUAUCAACUCGGCAUCUCAGCUCAACGGAACCAUGGUCACACCAGACAACAAGAUAUCACCAAUCCCUGUUAAUCCACCAUUCCCAGGUGCCUCGUAUGUCAGUGGUUGGGGAGCAAUCAAGCUCGGUAACUUUUUCAACUUCCAAUCGAACGGAGCACCAGCUGCUGCAAAUCCAACACAAUUCUUCAUUGGUGGAUUCGACAAUAGCAAUCCAGAGAAUCCAGUAUUCAAAGAGCAGCUAUUCGUUCAGAACAAUACAUACAAUGCAUCGUACUGCAUUAGAUACUCAGACAACAGCGGUGUUCCCAACUCUGGUUCGAUCAAAGCAACACUGGUAUGGAGUGACAUGCCUGCUUUCCAAGGUGCAGUCUAUGAUUUGGUGAACGAUCUCGAUCUGGAAAUGAUCCUGGAUUCUACCUAUACACUUGGAAACCAACAGCCAUCUUCAACGGGCGGUCCAUCUCCACCCGACAGAAGAAACAACGUCGAACAAAUUCAAGCGCCAGCAACCGAUGGAGUAACUUACAAAUUCACAGUGCUCAGUACUACUCUAAUCUCCAAAGAACAACCAUACUCGAUUGUCAUCAGUGGUACAGGACCUGGUAAAUUCCAAUGGGCUGAACAAUGUCCAGAGUGUGGAUCUACAGAUAUGAUUGUUUGUUUGGUGCCAAACGGUGUCGGUCAGAAGAAGUGUCAGAAGAACUUGAUGUGGGGAAGUUGUAUCGUCAGCUCGUGUAACUCUGGAUUCAGCUACAACUCGUUGACCGGUUCGUGUUCUGCUUUCUUGAAUUACAACUACAUCGUUAUCAUUGUUGCUGGUGCAACGAUGGCACUGCUGUUGUUCAUUGUCGGUCUCAUCAAGUACAAAGAGUACAAGGAUAAGAAGAAGUACGGUGCCGACGCCAAGAACUCGCUGGGACUAUCGAUCACACCGAAACCAAAAGAUGCCAAAGUAUCGAUUCCCGAGCUCUAUUCAUUCGUUCAUCCUUUCAUUCUCCGUUUGGUAUUCUCAGCGGGUUGUUCACUCAUCGCCACUGCAGCCAACAUUCUCCAGCCAUACUACAUCGGUAUCAUCAUUCAAGACAUUCCAACUACCAAAUCAAUCACCGACCUUACAACACAAUUCAUUGUUAUCUUCUUACUUGCAUUCAUUGAAUUCUUAUUUACAACCAUUUCAUCUUGGGUAUCUGGUAUCGUUAGUGAACUUAUGAUUAUGAGUAUUCAAGGUAAAAUAUUUAAAGCAAUUAUGGCACAAGAUAUGGGAUUCUUCCAUAAGAAUAAUACUCCUACUCUUAUCAAUGUGUUGAUUGUAGAUGCACCGAUGUUGAGAUCUGCAGUCGCCGGUAUCCUGAUGACUUUUGCUACGAGCACCUGUAAGUUUGUUGGUAGUUUGGUGUUUUUGUUUACCAUUUCUUGGAAGUUGUCGCUUGCAUUCUUUGCCACUGUUCCAGUGCUUGUCAUCGUUACUAAAGUACAGUCGUCGUUCACCAAGAAACUGACACGUCUGCUGCUGUUCAACAACAGUAAGGCAUCGCAAUGCGCCUCUGAAGCAAUGGUUAACAUUCAGGUGGUCACUACCUACUGCAAGCAAGAGCGUGAAAUAGAACGUUACAUCGAGCAUCUUCAAAGUGUUUUCGCCACUGCCAGACGUUUGAUUAUCACCAACACUUUCGCCGCUUCGAUUAAAUGGCUGAUGGUAGAGUCACUUGCAUUCACUGUGCUCUACUACGGUGCUUACCUAUCGAUCAACGGUGAAUUCUCAGUGGGUCUACUCAUUUCCUUCUCACUGUACGUCGGUUACGUUGUAGACUCAUCAUCAUCUAUCUUUGGUAUCUACGUCAGCUACGUUCAAUCUCUUGCAUCUGCACAUCGUGUAUUCCUCAUCUUGAGAUCUGCGCCAAGAAAGAGAACAACUCUAGAAGAAGAAGUAGCUGAAAGAGAAGCUCUUAAACGUGCACUUAAAGAUAAUGAAAAAGACAAAGAUAACAAUAAUGAUAAUAAUAAUAACAACAAUAAUAAUGAUGAUAAUAACAACAACAAUAAUAAUAAUAAUGAUAAUUCAAUUAGUGUGACAGAACCAAAUAAUAAUAAUAAUAAUAAUAAUGAUUUAGAUGGUCAAACAACAAAUAAUAAUAAUAACAAUAAUAUAGUAGGUGAUUCACCAACAGGUGUUGAUUCAGAGAAUAAUAACAACAACAAUAAUAAUGAAGAAGAAUCAGAAGCAAAGAAACAAAAGAGAUUAAAGAAAGAAGAAAAGAAGAAAGCAGAUGCAUUUAUGUCAGAGAAUGGUAUUUCAGUGUGUGAGAUGACAACUCUACCAUCGACAUUUGUAGAUCUUGACGAUGUACAAGGUGAAAUCGAAUUCAAGAGUGUAUCGUUCAAGUAUCCAACAAGACCGGAUAUCGAAGUACUCCACAACAUCUCGUUCAAGCUGGAGACUGGAAAGUGCUACGGUUUGGUCGGUCCCUCCGGUUCCGGAAAGUCAACGUGUCUCGAGCUGAUGGCUAAAUUCUACCAGCUGAAGGAAGGUGCCAUCUUCCUGGACGGCAUCGACAUCACAAAGAUUCGUCCAUCGAAUCUACGUUCAUUCGUCACCGUUGUGCAUCAACACCCGUACCUCUUUGACAAGACGAUCGCACAGAACAUCGGUUACGCACUGGACAAUCCGACCACCGAGGAGAUCAUAGAGGCAGCAAAGAUGGCGAACGCACACGACUUUAUCAUGGAGUUGCCCAAUCAGUACGAUACACAACUCGGUCAAGCCGGUAACCAGCUGUCCGGUGGUCAGAAGAAGAGAAUUGCCGUGGCGAGAGCGAUCUGCUCGAAGCGUAAGAUCAUGUUGCUCGAUGAGAUCACCGCUGAGCUAGACCCCGAGAGUGAAGAGGCUAUCACCAACUCGAUCAAGAAGCUCACACACGGUCACACCGUGGUGAUGGUCGCUCACAAGAUCGCCGCCGUCAAGGACUGCGACAAGAUCUUUGUAUUGGAGAAGGGUUACCUCGUUGAAGAAGGUAAUCACAACGAACUCAUGGACAAGAGAGGAAGAUACUACAAGCUAUUCUCAAAUAGAGUAGAAGAAGACGACAUGGAUUUACCACUCACCAUUUCAUAG